CCCGGCGGAAGGGGCGGGGCGCGGCGGGGCGGUACUUCCGCGGCCUCGGGCGGGUGCAGAUCCCAGGAGCGCGCGCGCGCGGCCGGGGCAGCAUGAGCCUCCCGGGGCUGCUGCGCCGCCUGCCCCCGCGCUCGCUGAGCGGCCGCCUGCGACCCCCCUGCCGCCCCCCGUGCCUGCGCCCCGCGAGCUGCCCCGACCCCCGCGGCGCCCGGCGGCGGCUGUGCGCGCACCGCGGCCUCCAGGAGCUGCACGGGAGCCUCUCGGAGCAGGAGCAGAGGCUGGUGGAGAGGCUCUAUGCCGGCCUCAUCGGCGGGCAGCGGGCCAGCCUGGCCGAGGCCAUCACGCUGGUGGAGUCCACGCACAGCCGCAAGAAGGCGCUGGCCCAGGCGCUGCUGCAGAGGGUCCUCGAGCACCACCGAGAGCAGGAGCGGCGGAAUCAAGGGAAGCCGCUAGCCUUCCGAGUGGGACUGUCGGGGCCCCCGGGGGCUGGGAAAUCCACCUUUAUCGAAUACUUUGGGAAGAUGCUCACGGAGCGUGGCCACCGGCUGUCUGUGCUGGCCGUCGACCCCUCCUCAUGCACCAGUGGGGGGUCACUCCUGGGUGACAAGACGCGGAUGACGGAACUCUCCAGAGACAUGAAUGCCUACAUCAGGCCGUCCCCCACGAGCGGCACGCUGGGGGGGGUGACGCGCACCACCAACGAGGCGAUUCUGCUGUGUGAGGGCGGCGGCUACGACAUCAUCCUCAUCGAGACUGUCGGUGUGGGUCAGUCGGAGAUCGCGGUGGCCGACAUGGUUGACAUGUUCGUUCUGCUGCUGCCGCCGGCAGGAGGGGACGAGCUGCAGGGCAUCAAGCGGGGCAUCGUGGAGAUGGCUGAUCUGGUCGCCAUCACCAAGUCGGACGGGGACUUGGUCGUGCCGGCGCGCAGGAUCCAGGCCGAGUACGUGAGCGCCCUGAAGCUGCUGCGCAAGCGCUCCCAGGUGUGGAGCCCCAAGGUGAUCCGGAUCUCGGCCCGCAGCGGGGAGGGCAUCUCGGAAAUGUGGGACGCGAUGCAGGAGUUCCGGAGGCGGAUGCUGGCCAGCGGGGAGCUGGCGGCGCGGCGGCGGCGGCAGCAGAAGGUGUGGAUGUGGCGGCUCAUCCAGGAGAGCGUGCUGGAGCACUUCCGCGCGCACGCGGCCGUGCGCCGCCAGAUCCCGCUCCUGGAGCAGCGCGUGCUCAGCGGGGCGCUGGCCCCGGGGCUGGCCGCCGACCUGCUGCUGAAGGCCUUCCAGAGCAGGGACUGAGCCCGGCCCGGCGCGUUGCAGUAUUAAAAGUCCCUCGGACGCGUCCGCUUUUCAAAGAGGCUCCCCUGUGUCCUUGGCCUCCUUCCUCGCACCCCCGGCUCCAGCGCGACGAGGCGGCGGCGCUGGGCGGCUGGACCGGCGGGGGACUGGCCGGACCCUCAGCUCCUGCUCCCCGUUCCCCCCGGUCAGGCCGGCUCGCCGAGUGUGCCUGAAUUAUGCUCCCUUGCGGGCCCGAGCCAUAGCGCAGCAGGGAAGGCACUAGUUUUGCACACAGCCCUCCCGGCUCCGUUCCCAGCACCACCGGGAGUGGCCCCUGCGCUCAGAGCCAGGGUAAGUCCUGAGCACUGACCACUGCCGGUGUGGUCCAAAAGCGAACAAGCAAAAAAUUCUGAUUUCCACGUCCUCUGGGUUUUCCAGAGCAGAUGUAAGCACAGAUGGACACAUUUCCGAGGUGCUUCCUGACGCCCGCACAGUGGGCCCCCAGGAACGGGGUGGUCCUGCUGCCCCUCACCACUCCUGCGGGCUGGAGGGCGUUUCCGAGCGUCCGGGUUCAGGACACAGAGCCAAUAGCGACGUGGUACAGGCUGUCGCUCUCCCGCCUUGAAAGAAACCCCAGACAGAGCUGGAGGAAUCCGUUGCCACGAAUGUGGCGGGAGGCAGCCCGCCCAGGAGCCCCGGGGGAUGAGAAUGAUCCCAGCGACACCUACCUGGA